AGAACGUGUUGGGCGAUGGAGAGGAAGGGAGGGUGCUGCUUGGCGCCCAGGUGCGGCGGAGAUGGGGGCCAGGCGUGGCAGAUGGGCAACAUCAUGCUCAAGUUCAGGCCCAUCGCGCCCAAGCCCGCCGCAAUGGCGCCUGCGCCGGUGACGGCGCCGGCGACGGUCGCGGGUGCUCGGAAGGGGAAGCGGAAGGCUGCUGCAGGCGGCGCUGGACGGAGGGGACGGAAGCCCAAGAAGGCGGCAGCUGUGGUUGCGGCUACGGCCGCGCCGCCGCCGACGCCAAAGGCGGACGUCCACAAGGAGAACCCCCUGCCCUCGCCGUCCUCGUCAGGGACGACGUCGGUGGCGGACUCGUCGUCUCCUCCGCCGCCACCGACGAUGUUCAUGCAUGCCUCAUCGCCGGACAAGGCCGCAGAUCUGGCACCGGCGCACCUCGUUGCAUCUCUGCAUGCGCUGCGGCCGGUGGCGUCUUGCGUCACGGUGGAGGCCGUGACGGCAACGUGGAGCGACGGGGCCUCCGCUCCAUCCGCCCCGGCCAGCGGCGGCGAGGACGACGCUCCGGCGUUCGCGUCCGACCGGUGGGGCCGCGUCACGUGGACGAACCUGGCCUUCAGCCGCGCGGCGUUCGCUUCGGACGUGGUGCUCGCCGCCAGGGACGGCGCCGCCGUGCCGGCGUGGGGCGCCUGCGCCGGGUUCACCUGCCGCGUGCGCGUCGCCUGCGGGGCGUCCCCUCGCCGCGGCUCCCUCGUGGCGCCCUGCGACGUCUGGCGGGUCGGCGACGGCGGGUACCUCUGGCGGCUCGACCUCCGGACCACUCUCACCCUCUCCCUCGGCGGCACAGGCCUCCUGUAA